AUGAACAUGACCGAUAAGAAGAAAGAACAGCAGGAGAGUCUUGCGCAGCUCGUGCGCGACUUGGAAACGAAAGAGACUUUGUGUCACGUCAAGGAAUAUCCUGAAGUGGAACUAAAGAAGUUGAAUGAAUACGUGAAGAAACACGGUCCACUCGUGAACCCCGUUUUUGGUGAACAACCGGCAUUUUUCAUCGACGAAGGCCGCUUUGUUCCCUAUCGAAUGUUCGUGUACGGCAAUUCGAUAGUGACCACCAAGAUCAUAAGAAUCUUGGAUGAAUGGGCGAAGUGGUCAGGAGAUGGAGGCAGAGUAACCAUGCAAGGAGAGUUCAUUUCCGGCACUGAUGUUCGAUUGCCGGCAAUCGCGUACACGCCUCGUGACACACAUAGAGGCUCCCAGCGCAGCGCUCUCGAUCGAAAGAUGCGAAAUGAAUAUUUCAAGCAUGGCGUCCGUUUGGGUUGGCUGAUCGACCCACGCCCAGGUUAUCAGCACAUGUAUGAGUACUAUCUCGACGAAACUGGAGGCGUGCAAUGCUCUGACAACACUGCUUGGAGAGAUCUUAGUGGUGGCAAUGUUCUUCCUGGCUUCACGCUUAUGAGUACGGUUUUGGAGAUGGUCCUGAAUCAGGAUCCAGGAUCGUCAGAAGAAGAAGAAGUUGAUUUGGAAUGUCCUUAUCCAACAUGCAGACAACGAUUCAGAUAUCCUGGUGCUUUCACCGCUCACGUUGAAUGGCACCGUGCCGAACGUGCUCGUCAGAAGUAUUUAGCGAAACGAAUGUAA